AUACACACACACACACACAUAGAGAGAGAGAUGUGGCGGUGCGUGUCACGUGCGAUUCGCAUUCCUUCCCGGAGAUCCACCUCCGGCGACUUUCUUUCACGCAGAUUCUUCUCUUCUGAAUCGAAUGUGGGGCGGUCAGCAUAUACAAUAGUUGAUCAUACAUACGACGCGGUUGUGGUUGGAGCAGGAGGUGCUGGUCUCAGAGCUGCGAUAGGGCUAUCUGAGCAUGGAUUUAAUACUGCUUGCAUUACCAAGUUGUUCCCAACACGCUCUCACACUGUUGCAGCGCAGGGUGGUAUAAAUGCUGCAUUAGGAAAUAUGACCGAGGAUGACUGGAGGUGGCACAUGUAUGACACAGUUAAGGGAAGUGAUUGGCUAGGUGACCAAGAUGCUAUCCAGUAUAUGUGUAGAGAAGCACCAAAAGCAGUUAUUGAGCUUGAAAAUUAUGGUUUGCCAUUUUCUCGAACUGAAGAGGGAAAGAUAUACCAACGUGCAUUUGGUGGUCAGAGUCUCGACUUUGGCAAAGGGGGCCAAGCUUAUCGUUGCGCCUGUGCUGCUGAUAGAACCGGGCAUGCAUUGUUGCAUACAUUAUAUGGACAGGCCAUGAAACACAAUACACAGUUCUUUGUAGAAUAUUUUGCUUUGGAUCUACUCAUGGGUAGUGAUGGUAGCUGCCAAGGUGUUAUUGCGCUGAACAUGGAGGAUGGGACACUACAUCGGUUCCGCUCUUCGUCAACAAUCUUGGCAACGGGGGGUUAUGGUAGAGCAUAUUUCUCAGCAACCUCUGCUCAUACUUGCACAGGAGAUGGAAAUGCUAUGGUUGCACGUGCAGGCCUUCCUCUUGAGGAUCUUGAGUUUGUACAAUUUCAUCCAACUGGUAUAUACGGUGCUGGGUGCCUCAUUACUGAAGGAUCUCGCGGUGAAGGUGGUAUUCUAAGGAAUAGUGAAGGCGAAAGAUUUAUGGAACGAUAUGCCCCUACAGCAAAGGAUCUUGCAUCAAGAGAUGUUGUUUCAAGAUCUAUGACCAUGGAAAUCCGAGAAGGUCGUGGUGUAGGGCCAAUGAAGGACCACAUUUAUCUUCACUUGAAUCACCUACCACCAGAGGUUCUCAAGGAGAGGCUUCCAGGGAUCUCUGAAACUGCUGCCAUCUUUGCCGGCGUUGAUGUUACAAAGGAGCCAAUUCCAGUUUUACCCACUGUGCAUUAUAAUAUGGGCGGGAUCCCAACUAAUUACCAUGGGGAGGUUGUUACCAUCAAGGGGAACGAUCCUGAUGCUAUUAUUCCCGGACUUAUGGCUGCUGGAGAGGCAGCCUGUGCCUCCGUUCAUGGUGCCAAUCGGCUUGGUGCAAAUUCUCUUCUUGAUAUUGUUGUUUUUGGUCGAGCCUGUGCAAAUAGAGUUGCAGAGAUCCAUAGACCAGGGGAAAAACAAAAACCUUUGGAAAAGGGUGCUGGAGAGAAGACUAUUGCAUGGUUAGACAAGAUCAGGAAUUCAAAUGGUUCACUUGCUACCUCCAAGAUCAGGUUGAAUAUGCAGCGAAUCAUGCAAAACAAUGCUGCUGUAUUUCGCACACAGGAGACGUUAGAAGAAGGUUGCAAUCUGAUUGACAAAGCAUGGGAGAGCUAUCAUGAUGUUAAACUGAAAGACCGAAGCUUGAUAUGGAACUCGGACUUGUUAGAGACCAUAGAGUUGGAAAACCUCUUGAUUAAUGCAUGUAUCACCAUGCAUUCAGCUGAAGCUAGGAAGGAGAGCAGAGGAGCUCAUGCCCGUGAAGAUUUUUCGAAAAGAGAUGAUGAGAAAUGGAUGAAACACACACUGGGAUACUGGGAGAACGAGAAGGUACGACUAGACUACAGGCCGGUUCACAUGAAUACUCUCGAUGAUGAGGUCGAGACUUUCCCACCCAAGGCCCGUGUAUACUAAAACCCCCAUCUCACAAGAAUCCUGCCGACAGCAUACAAACAAGCUUUGGAGUAAAGAAGGCCUGGGCCCAAACCAUCCAAGCCCGUUUAAGAAAAAGAGCCUGUACUUUUUUUGGAGAGCGGAUGAUUGGCCCAGUAGGGUUUUUCUAAGGCUGGGCUUUUUCAUACUUUUGGGCUUUCGAAAAAAAUGGCCUGAUCGGGCUCUAAGGCAUGAUUGGGAUUCGGUACCGUGUUUGUGCUUCUCCGUCUUCUUUUGUAUCGUCGUCUUCCAUCAUUCAUGAGAUAUUUACGUAACAUGGGCUUCAUUUUGGUACUUGUGAAGUCUUUUACUCGAUUGGAUGAUAAAGUUGUGAUUAAUUGGUGUUAGUUUGGUA